UCAUAAUCCAUUUUGCCACUAUAAAACAAUUUUUAAAUUUAUCUUAGUACUGGUGGUAUAUUUUUUCAAGAUGUUCUUGUAAGUUCUGUGAAACGAUUUCUUUUAAUUUUAUGAUUAAAUCCAAAAUGAAGAAAUAUAUUGAACUAUUUUUAAAUUUGAAAGACAUUGCUAAUCUUUAACUAUCAGUCAUGAAGAUAAAAUAGUUUAUUCAAUAAAUAGCUACUAACCACACAAAUAUGGAAACCUGAAUCCUUCUUUAGGGUAGGUUAUGGUAAGCUGAGGGGUAAUAAGAUGUGAAAAUGGUGAAGUACUAUGAAAGUAAAACUAUUUUCCAUUUUACUUGGGACCAGGUAGCUCAAGGUUUUUGGAAGAAAUAUCCGAAUCCCGAAAGUACACAUGUUCUUUCAGAGGACACUAUAUUCAGAGAAAUAAAGGAUAAUAAGCUUUUUUCAAGACGCUUGUUGACUAAAACUAACAGAGUUCCAAAAUGGGGUGAGCGAUUUAUUGGAAGCCCAGUUGUGAGGAUUGUUGAAGAAUCAGUUGUUGAUCCUAAAAGUAAAACUCUGACAACAUACACAAGAAAUAUUGGCUAUACCAAAGUCAUGAGCUUAGUAGAAAAAGUUGUUUACCGUCCAUCUGAAGAAAAUCCCGAAUGGACUGUUGCUGAAAGGUCAGCCUGGGUUGAUUCUAAGGUAAUGGGAUUCGGGCUUGCUAUUCAAGCAUUUGGCAUUGAAAGGUUCAAGAAAAACUGUUCAAAAAUGGUACAAGGCUUUAACUUUGUUCUCUCCGCUAUGUUCCCCCAGCCAGCAUCUCUUACUGCUCAACACCAAAUUCAUCAACAACCUCAAUCUAAGUUCAAAGAUGCUGCGAAAAAAGCAUCAGAACUUGCAAAAGCUAAAGCCAAUAGCUUGUAUGCUACCUGUGAACCAUCAUAAUUCUCUAGUAAAGAUUUUUUUUAAAGUGCUAUUUGUAGCUAUUUAUUUUAGAAAGAUAGAAUAGAUUUUCCAAAUCAAAAUUUCAUUGACUAAUAUAUCUGUGUUCAUGUAAGAUAAGAAUGUUUGGCAAGGUAUUACAAUGACCGUAGUUAAAUGUUUGACUCUAAUAGAUUUAUAAUACCUUAUCCUUUGAUGAGUAUUAUUUCUCAAUUUCAGAUAGUGAGUUAUUUUAAAAAAUUUGUAAAAUAGGCAAAUAUAACAGAUAUAAAAAAAUUGAGUUAAAAUGAAGGUAAUAUAUAUGGUGUUCAGAAAAAACAAAGUUGCUCUAAUGUUUCAGAUGAGCAAUAAAUAAUAUUGGAAUAUUGAUUGUAAUUAUUCACGACACGAAAUAAAAAAUGUUUUCAACACAUUAGUUUUCAAUAGAUUUUGACUGAUAGUAUAAACUAGGAUAAGAUUUCAAAGCAUUAAUGUUUUCCUUUUGAAUAAAUGUGAGCUACUAAGUUUUUACUGAAAUCGAGCUGUAUGUUAGCAUUAAAGAGAAAAUGUUUGUUAAUUUUUAAUAUUGUAUUUCACUGGCCUAGCCUAUAUCUUAUAAGAGCACAGAUAGUAAGUUAUUUCGGUAUACAUUAAGACAAUUAAUAAUUUUUAAAUACAUUAUUUUCUGAUUGGUAACAAUAAUUUCUUUAAAAAAUAAAACGUAGUUCUUAUUAUUUCACUAGGUAAUUUUUAAGAUCAUAUAUUCAUUAAAGGUGGAUGGAAACUAAUAAUUGUCUUAAAUUAAAAAUUAAGUAUGAUUUAUUUUAUUAUCAAAUUGUUCCAUGGCAAUACCUUUUUUAAUGAAAUAGUUUUGGAACAAAAUUGUAGAAGUUAUUCAAAAUAGACUAUUUCAUCCCAUUUCCAUAUAGAUAUGGUAAAAUCUUUUACAUAUGAAAUCUGCUAGAAUGUAUAAAUUGAUUGUUACUUAUCAAUUUUCAUUAAGUAAUGUGAUUGUAAAUUGAAAGCAAUUAUCUACCCCUAUUUUCAAUUGUAUGAUUUAUUCUUAAUAAUUCAUAACAAUUUAUAUUUUGGAUGUUUUACAAUUUCAAAAAUUUGGCCUGAAAUGGUAUCAUUCCUAAAAUGGGUUUAAAACCUGCAAAAUGAUUGUUUUUUUAUUAUUUUUUUAUUUUAAUAAUUAUUACGAAUUGCAUUUAGAUUAAUUGAGGUUAUUUGUUGAAUUUAUGAUUGCUUCUUCAUUUCAUAUUUUGUUGUAUUGAAAUAUUCUUGUAAACAUUGAAUAUGACUUAAAUAUUUCUUAGCUGUUGUCUUUUAAAUUUACUUGAUAAAUUGACAUUACACUUUAAUUAACACUUUUCUGAAAGCCAUUUAUAAAUUUCCUGUUCCUUUCUUUUUUAUUUAAUAUCUAUGAUUAGCACAAAAUUUAAUCAAUGUUCCUAUCUUGCCAUCAUUCCAUCCAUGGCUUUUAUAGAAAUGAUUUAUUGUUUUUUAUUCCACUGAAAAAUAGUGAUAUUAGAAGUAAGGAUAUCGAUCCCCUUAAGAUUUUUUUUUUACUUCUAAGAGAUCAUGUUAUAUUACUGUACAAAUUUAAUAUAUUUAUCUUAUUUAAGACUUUCUUCAGUCUUAAUCACAGUACCAAUUUAAAUUUAAAAAAUGAUAAAAGUAAUACAGUGUAAUAAAUUAAUAAUUUAUUUCUCUGUAAUGAAAAGAAUUUAUUUCUUCUCAAGAUUUUAUAUAUAUUGUGGAAACUUAGCCUAUUAUAAUAUUUUACAAAUAAUUUUUUUUGUUACUUGCUAAUGAAAUAUAAAAUAAUUGUUUGUUUGUGUUUUUUUUUAUUUAUUAUGUGUGCAACUUUUAUCUUAAAAAUAUCAUUAGAAUGUAUUGUAUAUUUACAAUAAUUUGCAAAAGAAGUGGAUUAUUAGAAUAACUCAUCACAAAGAUUUGAUGAUUCAACAUUUUCCUACUAUGACAUCUCCUGACUAUUUAUAGCAGCCCAGGAUCACCCAUUGGUGUCCAGAAGAGUAUUGUUAAGGUGCAACUUGAGCCUACAUAGCCCUUUAGCCAAGACCUCAAAAAGUUCCUCACCAUAGGUUUAAGAAACAA